AUCAGUUCUCGUUGAACACAUCACACUCAGCAUGAACACCAAGCUUUUCAUCCUCCUCGGUUUGGCAGCCUUCGCCGCUGCGGACAGUUUUGAGUCCUACGAAUACAGGCCACCGCAUAGGUCCUCUGAGGAGUCUUACGAGUCAGGCGAGGCCAAGUACGACUUCCAAUGGGCCGUGAGCGAUGACUCCUCCAGCAACGAGUUCGGACACCAGGAGGCCCGUGACGGCGACCACACACAGGGAUCCUACUACGUGCAGCUCCCCGACGGCCGCCUGCAGACCGUCAAGUACUUCGUGGACGGCGACUCCGGCUACGUGGCUGAGGUCAACUACGAGGGCGAGGCUUCCUUCGAAUCUGGUUCAGCCGAAUCUCGUGAAUACAGAUACGUGUACGACUCCAACGAGUCCAAGUAAAAACUAGUCGUGUGUGAAAUUUGCUAUUUGCUAACAACUUCAAUGUAUAUUGUUUUGUGUUAAUUUAUAUUUAUUCAUGUGUAUAAAUGGCUAUUGAUUAUGAGCCUGACUUAAAUAUAUACGAACAAAAUAAAUUA